AAGCGUGGCGUAGCUUAAGAUAAAUAAACCUUUUCUUCUUUUCUCAAUUGCAAAACUCUGAAAGUAACCCUGACGAACAAUGGAAGAGGUAACGGCGUCCUCCGAGAAUGGUGUGUUGACGUUUGAUGGUGGAACACACAGCCACUGUAUAGCGAAGAGGGAGGACAAAUGUGGAGUGGAGAGCAGGAAGUUUUACUUGGUUUGCAAGACAGCUCUUGAACGCCUAGACCUUCCUCUCUGCUCAAACCCUAUGAAAAAGAUACUUGUGUUGAAUGCCUCUUCACAUCGUACCUGUACCGCCGGUUUGAACAGCGUCAAGGUGUGGGACUUGAUCGGAGGUGGGAAGAUGGUUUGUUUCAUGGAGAGUCACAACAAGACUGUCAUGUCUAUGUGCGUUGGGAGAAUGGGAUUGGAUGAGGAUAGGCUUGUGAUUGUUUCUCUAGACGGUUACAUGAAAGUGUUUGAUUACGGGAGAGCAAAGUUGACUUACUCCAUGAGGUUUCCAGCUCCUCUCAUGUCCGUUGCCCUCUCUCCUGAUUGUUCCAUUCGUGUCAUCAACAGUAUGGUGUUUGCCGGCAAGAAGAAGCUGAGAAAUGAUGCCGAGAAGAAGCAAACUAGUAUGACGAGCCUUUGGAGUGUCAAAUAGCCAAGUGGAGGAGAGUAGGAGAAGGGCUUUAAGGCCUACUUAUUUCCAGAGAAGGCAGAGCGAGAAGCCAUCCAAAGAGGAUUACUUGGUGAAGGAGAGCAAAGGAGUGGAGCUUACAAGACGCAACGUGUUGGCCGUGACGGAGGAGGUGGUGGCGAGGAGGAAGAUGAUGAAGUGCGUGUCGAAUAUGGAGGAAGGAGAGUUGGGCUUGCUGGUGAGUUUCUUACAGAGGUCAGAGUUCAGAGUUCAGCGCAUUCAGAUCUUUGUGAAGACUUGCACAGGGAAGACAAUAGCCAUCGAAGUUGUACCCUCCAGCACCAUCCACGGUGUCAAGGCUAGGAUUCAAGAAAAGGAAGGAAUCCUAAUGUAUGAGCAGUGGUUGAGCUUUGCAGGAAAGCGACUCCAAGACAGCCGCACUCUCUUUGAUUACAAUAUUCAGAACGAGUCCACCCUUCACUUGCUUUGGCGUCUACGUGGAGGUGUUUUUGGUGACAGAAACAACAACCCUACUAUUAGGCUUGACGGCAGAGAUAUACUAAUCUAAAAUACCAAAAUCAGAAGCGAUUUGACUACAGAAGAGGGAAUUAGUCGUAUUACCAAU